GCUGCCUUGGCGUUGGCCAAUCAUCGACCGCCUGUCAGACUGUACGUGAAGCUUGGGUUGCUGCUCUGCGCCAUUUUGCGCCGGUCUCCCGUCGUCGCUCUUUCCUUGCCGCGGAGUUCUUCCAGCCAUGACGAGCCCCAGCGAGACCGAGAACUCUGCAGGUACCGCACCCCCGGCGAAGGCCGAAAAGCCGGCAGAAACUCCAGUCACACAGGAGACGGCAGCCAGCCCGACGUCCGACGCUACCACGACCGCCGCGUCGGCGCCGGCAAACAAGCCCAGCGUUCACAAGACGGAUUACGAAAAAGAUGUAGUCUAUCUCUACCAGUUCACUCGCUGUCCAACUUUGCCCGGAAUCUCGCCUUUCUGUUUGAAAGUUGAGACUUGGCUGCGCAUGACACAAGUGAAGUAUGAGAAUGUGGACCACAAGCUCAAGUUUAAAUCGAAGAAAGGUCAACUCCCAUUUGUGGAGCUCAACGGCGAGGAGAUUGCAGAUUCUGACAUCAUCAUCAAGCAGCUGAGCCAAUACUUUGGCAAGGAUUUGGAUGCUGGCCUAACCACCGAGGAGUGCAAUGUAUCGCAUGCCUUCUCAUCUAUGCUCAACAACCACACAGGCUGGGUGUCUCGCUGCUGGCGUUAUCGUCACCCGGGCCAGUUUCUCAAAGCAGCCCAAAUGGACGUCAAGCGCAUGCUCAACUCGAAGUUGCCCAAAGGAGUCUUGCAGUUCUUUUUCAAGCUUGCUUUCAAAAGCAAUGUGCAGCAGACCAUUGGCCAUGGCCUGGGCCGUCACACAACAGACGAGAUCUUGGAGUUUGGAAAGGAAGACCUCAAACACCUGUCGCAGUAUUUGGGCACCAAACAGUUCUUCUUUGGUACAGAGCCUCACUUGCUCGACUGUGUGGCCUUUGCUCACCUGUGCCAGUUUGUGUAUGUGCCCUUUGGUGGUCUCCUGGAGUUCAUGGAGCAGGAAUGUGCCAAUCUGCUAGCCUUUGUAGAGCGCAUGAAGGAGCGCUAUUGGGCUGACUGGGAUGAGAUCUGCAAGACACUGGAGCUCAACACUCAUCUGCCCAAAAAGACACCGGAGGAGGAGCCUAAGAAGGCUGCUGACGAGUCUGCCCCGGCUGCUGAUGAAAAGACUCCAGCUGCUGAGGAUGCUGUCAAAAAGUCUGAAGCAACUGUUGAGGAAGUCAAGAAGGAAGAGGUCAUCAAGAAGGAAGUUGUAGAGGAGGUUGUUACUAAGACCGCCACAGAGGUCAAGGAGUGAGCCAUUCGAGCGCUGGAGAAAGGCUUUAGUCAUUUUUCCGUUCCAAGGGUGGGGGGAGGGGGGUAAUAGUUCUGUUCUUAAUGAGGUCUAAAGAAGGGUCGUUUUCAUCUCAUUGUGCCGUGAAGCAUAGGCGAGCUGUCGCAUUUUCAUGCUUCUGUGAUGGUGGGCCGUUCGUUUUUCAGGGAGUUUGGAAGGGAAGGGAGAUCCUGUGGAGUUGAUACCAUGCGUGGUUUUUAGCAUUGUGCACAGAGCUAGAAAGUUAUAUAAAGGGAGCUCGUUGCACAGGGCAUUACGUGUUUUUACAGAGCAAGUCAGGAGGGAAAGGGGCGGCAGUGCAUUUGCAAUUUUUGUUCCUCUUCUUUUGCAUGGGUGGCCAACUUCCGUGCAUGUUUUGUUUGGAGGGCUGGUCAGAUCGAGGAGCUGAAGACAUCUUAUACUCAUGAUCCACUACAUACUCAAAGCAAUGCAUAUUAUAUUAUAUCAAAGUUGUAAAUUUGCUCUCAAUGUAUUUUUCAUCUGUCGUACAUUCUUUUGUUAAACAUCUGUGUACACAUGUAACUAUAUGCUCGUUUCUGUUGUAGAGAUCUGUUUUCGUUCCUGCCACUUGAGUUCAUCUUGAGGUCUCGAUGCGGAAUUGCUCAAGGAAAUUUAACAGCUGUCUCGCCACCUUUUGCAUACGUGCUGUUACUGUAUUCAUAUAUAGCAUACUGUAGAUCUCAUGUGAGUGUUUACAGCUAAAGUUUUUACGGCGUUUUUGCUCGGCCAUUUGUGUGAACAAAUUUUCAGCCUGAUCAACCUUCUUUGUAUGUCCCUUUUACUUCCAUUUUUCAACUGUGUCCAUGUGUGCAUCGUCGCGUUAUAUUGUACAUGCCCGCAGCUUUAUACUUUUUUAUGGCAGUUUUUGUAAUGCCUUUUUACUUUACCUUCCUUUCUUCCCUUCCCGUUUCCCCUUCAAUGUGGAACUUUGUAAAAAUGAGACAACACAGAUUAAAGUUUGUGGAUGAA